CCGACGCAUCCUUCCAUCCGGCUCAUCUCCGACGGCCGUCGUCGCACAGAGUCGAACCAUCGGCAUGCCAUCUCCGCGGCGGCCGCUCGCCUCGCCAUGCCGCGGCCGCAUCGUCGUCGUCGUCCUUCUCUCGGCGCUGCUGCUGCUCUCCUCCGCCGCGCACAGCGCGGAGGAAUCGACGAGGGUGCUUAGCGUAGGCGAGGAGCUGGUGGGCGAGACGAUGCCGUUGCGCAACGGCCGGCGGGUGUACAGGAUCAACGGGCUGCGGCCGUCCGCGUGGUACGAAGUCAAGAUCUCCUACCCGGCCUCCAUACCGUCCAGCUUUUCGAUUCGGCUUGUAGAUGAUCCUGACGGUGCGGACUGGAGCAGCAAGAACAGGAGGCUGCUCAACACAGAGAAGAUAAUUUUCAAGGCUGAGGGUAGCAACCCGGUUUAUGUUCUUGUCACUGUGGAGCCUGAGGGUGUGGUGGCGAAGCCUAAUGUGCCAGAGAGAGAACAUGCGCUUUUUAAUAUUGUUUGUGAUGAGCUUAUGCUUGGGCUCCCAGUUUUUACCUGGUGGGUUGGAAUCGCGGCGCUACUCUGCAUCGUGCUGGCGUCGCUGGCACCACUUGUUCUCCAGCUGCACAAGCUCCUUGACAACUAUGAAGGCUCAGAUUUGAACCAAGCUGACGCUGCUAAGAUGUCAUGAUGGGUGAAAUAGGGUUGCAGGACGCUAAUGCUCAAUUUUGGUUGCUUCUCUUCUGGUGCCGUCAGAGACACAUGCAACCUGUAAUAAAGUUGUUCUCGUUCCGGACGACGGCCAGAUUAUGUUCACCAAGUCACUGGGCGUUGGGCAACCAUUGAUACACGAUUCCCAGGUGAUUGAUCGAACCCAUCAAGAACCGAAUGUGAAAGCCGUUACGAAAGAUCCACAAGAUAUGGAGUUGCCAUCA